CCAAACUCGUGCAAAUUGAAUUUCAGACGAGUGAGUAGUUUGUAACUGAGAAGUCAAAGGAAGGUUUUCCAAUAAUGUACAUGUUAAUAAUCCACUGCUAAUGCAGAUUUGGUUCAACGCGGCACUUUAUUCCAUCCUAUAGGCUACAUUGGGCUACUUUAACAUGUAUUCAAAUGAUGAUGUUGUACACGACGGGACCAUUUAUGUUAGAGAGAAAGGUGAACUCCACUGUGUAAACAAUGCUCGUGAGGCUGGAUCUUACAGUCUAUGGCCUGGAUAUCCACCUGUAAAAAGGAAACCUACAAGACUCUUUGAGAAGGAUUUUUCUGUUCGACUGUGUAUAGACAAUGUGACUGCUUCUUCCUCUAAGAGGAAAGAUCACUUCGUUUUCACAUACAACAGUGAAGGCAGCUUGCGAUAUACUGCAAAAUCUUUAUUUGAUACGUGCUUGCUUUAUAUUGCUGAUAAUGUCCAACACAUUGAAUCUCUAGUUGGUUUCCCUGAACAAAUGGCUGACAGACUAUUUACAGCUGCUGAAGAAAAGCAAAAAUUCUCAAAUUCGGAGACUGGUCUAAGGGCUCUGCAAGUGUUUUGUGAAGCUUAUGGGGAUCUUGUGCUUAGGUCAUUGUGUUUGAGAAACAGGUUUUCUUUGCUGUCUGAAAAGUUGGAGGAAAUCAAGACAUUUCAAAGCCUCCAGUGCUUAGACCUUCAUGGAUGCAAGUUGGGAGAUGGCCAUGAAAUCUUUGAACAUUUGACAUCUGAUCAAUUGGGCAGUAGUCUCUCCCAGUUGUCAUUGGGAGCAAAUUGUUUGUCAGACCCUGGCCUUCAGAAACUAACAGCACCAGUUAGGGUGAUGAAGAGAGGGCUUCAAAAUCUCAAACUGCUGGACGUAAGCUACAAUCCUAUCUCUGAAAGGGCAGUAGGAUACUUGGCUUGCUUUCGGAAAUUACAAGGCCUUGACCUGUCAGAAACGCUUAUCAAGCCAGGAAUGUCCUUGAAUAAGCUCCUAUGGAGUAAGAUGAGACUGGUUCCCUCGGACACUCCAGUGGCAGUGUUUAAUCACUCCUGCUGUAAAACAGAGGGCUGGGCACAGGAGGUUGUAAACCAGUGGGAAGUGAAUGGUGCUAAAUUACCAGAGAAAGAUAUUAAACCAAGGACAAAUGCUCUUCAUUUUUAUGGAAGGGAGAGGUUUGUGCGAGAGACUCUGAAUUCCACUCCCGUGCUAUGCAACAAAUCAGAUGAUGUGAUAUUGAGGCUGCAGUUUUACAGACCUGCACUGCAAGAAGAAAUCGCUGUGGAUGCGGACAGCAAAACAGACACGCCAGCACAAAAAGGCAUGAAAAGAAAACGGUCCAUGGAGAAUGAAAAGGCAGUUGUGAAUAGCAAGAGUUCAAAACGCCAGUCUGUGUCCUCAUUUUCUGCUGAAGACUUGGACUUAUUGAACAGCUACUAAUACCUCCAUAAUUGAUCUUUGUCUAACUUUUACAAGACGUUGUGGUUAAGUUUCAGUGCUUAGAUUUUUUUAUUAGUAACAUAGCAGAUUAUAUUAAAACAUUUGAAUUUUACAGUUGCAUUUCUGUUUUAUCAUAAUAACUUUCAUAUAAUGCCAUUAACAUGCUCUAAAUUAGUUUACAA